AACUGUCAAGUUUGUUAGUGUCAAAAUUAUUAACUGUCAAAUAGAUUCGAUCAAAUCAUUUGAACCAAACAGAUGAAGCGUUUAUUUAAUUUAAUUCGAAUAUACAUCAAUAAAUAAAUGUACCAAAACUGGAUAUUACCGAAGGAUAAGAUGCAAACUACUAUCAAAGAAUUACUUGACGCAUUGGGAUGUAAUUUGGAAGCAGACACGGUUUUAGACUAUAUUCAAAAUGAUUCUAACUACGGUAAUAGUAAUCUUUCAUCUAAACAAGUAAAUGAGUAUGCACAGAGGUUGGCACUUAAAGCGUCUAACGCCAAGACAUUUCUCAAGAAAUAUGAAGACUUAAAAAGCCGCAACAUUGACAAUUUGUCUGAUAUAAUAUUAUUAUUUUACAAGUUGGUCUAUGAUGAAAAGAAAUCAAAAUUUUUUAAGCCAAAAGUUGCUCCAAAACCAAUUUUGGGUGACAGCAAACAUCAGAUUACUAAAGAAGAUGUUCCUCAGAUCAAAGACAAAUUGUUGAAAGCUGUAGAUGAAAGCAAGAAACUUGUCAUGAAGUCAUUUGAAGAAAAAGAAUCCAAACUACGACCUAAUUGGUAUAGCAGUUUGGACCUUCCCAAUUGGCAGAAGGACCAUCCGGCUAUGUCAUGGGACUUUCCUAAAGAGCCUUUACCUAUCAAUGCUUCUUUGGCUGGGGUUCCAAUAGUUUCUCAAGAAAAUAUAAUCAUAGAUGAGUUGCUGUAUGUAUUUACUGGAAUUCCUGGCAAUUAUAUUAUCCAUCAAACAGUGAAAGAUACCUUUGACCCUCGUACAUUCAUCAUAUCUGACGACCUAGAUGACGCCUUGAAGCAAAUAGUUCAACAAAUGCUUCCAUUGGCAUCUAAUUAUUCGAUAGUGAGGAGAUUUAUUGAACACUGCAAUAUGUGGUCUGGUCAAGUACUACAUGCAUUAGUUGCUGCUAUUGAAAUCCUGCUAAAAGACUAUUAUACAAUGAUAGCCCAACUGGAAACUGAGCACAUGUCUGGGAAUCUAACAUUGCAAAAAUUAUGGUAUUUUGUCUUGCCUACUAUGCAUACUAUGCAAGUUCUUGCCGCAAUUGUCACUAAUAUUGGAAAGAGUGAACUCCGUGGAGGCGCUGUUUUAACAGUGCUUCACGAUAAAACAAACACACUGAUGGGUGACGCCAGAGCCCAAGAGAUAUCAUUAUUCUUAACCGAGCGUUCAUGCCGACCUUACCUUUCCAUACUGGAUCAAUGGAUACAUAAAGGCACUAUUGUAGAUCCCUUUCAAGAGUUCAUGAUUGAAGAUAAUGAACUAAUUAAUAAGGAAGAAUUACCAGUAGAUUAUUCAGCUGAUUACUGGGAGAAACGUUAUUGCAUCCAAAGAGAUAGAGUGCCCAAAUUUCUAGACAAAUUCACUGACAUUAUCCUCCGAACUGGAAAAUAUUUGAAUGUCAUCAGUCAGUGCGGUAAAGCAAUCAUGAAAACGAACACAGAAGAAAUUAAAUAUUCAUUGAGAGAACAAAACUAUGGUGCCAUAAUACAAAAAGCUUAUGCAUAUGCCAGUAAAUCUUUACUAGAACUAUUGUUGAAGGAAUAUGACUUAAUGGGUAGACUCAAGUCAGUCAAGAAUUACUUUCUUAUGAGUCAGGGUGAUUUCAUUGUACAGUUCAUGGAUGCUACUGAGCAAGAACUCUCAAAGAAGAUUGAUGACAUCAUACCCUCCAAGCUGGAAUCACUUUUGGGUCUUUGUUUAAGGUUGUCAGCAGCUAGUCAUGAUCCGUACAAUGAAGACAUGAGAGUAGAACUUCUGCCAUAUGAUCUCCAAUUUCAGAUGUUCAAGAUUUUAUCUAUAGAAACAGAAGAAGAAAAAGAAUACAAACAAAACAAAGAUUGCCCACCUCUGACUGGUAUAGAGACAUUUUCAUUUGGUAUGGAAGUGAAGUGGCCAGUCUCACUGAUACUGAACCAUAAGGCGAUUGCUUGCUACCAGAUGAUAUUCAGACACCUAUUCUAUUGUAAACAUGUGGAAAGACUGCUUUGCAGGGUGUGGUUGUACAAUAAAGUUGUUAAACGUUUUUCUGAGGCACGUCUCUAUGCGGAUGCGUUUGCUCUACGUCAACGAAUGCUCAGCUGCAUACAACACCUGCAAUACUACAUGUGUGUUGAAGUCAUUGAACCAUCCUGGUGCCAGCUUAUACAUAGUCUUGAUAAGGUCAACAACGUGGAUGAAGUGCUCGAGCGGCACAAUGACUUUUUGGAGUCGUGUCUCGGCGACUGCAUGCUGACAAGUCCUCAGUUACUGAAAGCCGUCACCACACUAUGUCUUGUCUGCGUACAGUUCUGCACUUUCAUACAGGAGAUGCACAAGUACUUCGUGGACGCAGAGCUUAACAGUAUGCUUGGAUCAGCGUAUGACAAUACAGACUAUAGUGAGACUACCGGCUGUUGUGGAUCCACAACGAGCGGAUCGGCAGACUCGUUUUCCCGUUCCGUUUCCCGAUACGGUCUGCGUUUCACUGCCGCGUUGCUUUCCGUGCUUGCAAUAAUCGAGAGGAUGGCCCGCGACAACAACACCAAUAAGCUAUUGAACAUAUCUGCCAGACUGAACUUCAACACAUACUACGUGAAACAACUUGAAAAAUUCUGUGCGGACGACAAGCUGAUGGAUAGCGAUAAGAAGGCUAGCGCCUCCUAGCGGCGGCCGGCGCGUUCGCGCACUAAACUCGUCACCUCAGUGUGAACACCUUUAUACACAUCAAACUCCGUGCAAUGACAGAUUCAUGUGUGAACAUCAAUUUUUAUAAAAAUGACAAUCUGUGCAUUUCGUAAUAUACAGAUGUUUACCAUGUAAUGGUUUGCCAUAUUCUAUUCGCCAGCUACCAAGCAAUAUUAUCAUAAAUUCGUAGUUAUGUAGAAAUAACAACCAAAAAUCACUGGUUAAACUAAACAAAUAUGUGUACCAUAGUGUUUAAACUCUUUACUAAUGUAUUCAGUCACAAAAUGAUAUUUUCUUAUGAAAAUAAUGCAAAUUUGUCACAUAAAGUAAUACUUACAUAGUUUUAAAUAUAUAUAGUGCAUAAUUAAUGUAAGUAUUGGAUUUAAAAUAAUAUUGUUCAGGAUAAUACUCGUAUAACUUGUACGCCACACUGUGAUCACUAUUAAAAAAAUCUCAGAAGUACAAAUUAUACUAUUAACAAUUAUAAUUAAUAUCGUAUAUUGGUAAACAAUGUGCACAAUGUCAUUAUGUUAGUCACUUAAAUUAACCAUAACUCCACUAGUUAAUUACAAUAUUAUUAAUAGAUUACAUAAAGAGCAAAUAAACUACAAGUAUUUUUGAUAUAAAAAUCUCAAUAAUUAAAUUAAAUUAUUUUAAAUAUCCAUUUAAAACUGUUUGUAGGUGAUUGUGGUUUCAUGAGUCAGUGAUUCGUCACAAAUAAUUUGCCAUAUUUUUCAGUUACUCGCCCCACGCAUGCAUUUGGUCAUAUACGUAUUAAUCGCAGCUUGUCAUAUAGGCUCGUCACGAAAAGAGAUCUAUUCUUUAAUGAAGAAAAUAAGACCAAACCUUCUUUUUACGGUUAUGGUCUUCUUCCUCAUUUACUCAUUUUUUUUUUUAUAAAAUUUUAUGAGGAAAUUUUUUAACCCAAAAUUUUCACUCAUAAAACUCGAAAAUUCACAUGACAACAUGUAAUUUUUCAAAAGUUUUCUUUUAUACAAACCUCCGGACAUUAUUAGCACAACAAAAAAUAAAUAUUUAUUUAUAUAAUACUUUAUUGCACCAAGUAAAAACAAAAUAACAAAUACAGUAAAUAUUAAUGCGAAGUGAUACAAAAGGCGGCGAAAUAGCCGAAUAAGUGCAGCCUACGUACAUUAGGAAAUAGAUUUUUAUUUAUAUAGUUUUAAAAAAUGAGAUUUUUAUCUUGUUUUUUAAAUACUAUAAAUUUAAAUACAAGUCUGUUAUAGAUGUGGAUUGGAAUCGGAUAUCAAUAGCGUUUGUGUCAAACUGCGAUUGUGCUGAAAUACGUUUAUGGCAGACUGGGAUUAUCACAAAAAUAGGUUCGUGAUAUGGGACGCGUAAUUCAUAUUUUUUAUAUCAGUAUUGGUGCAUUAUCAUGACAUUAAUUAUUUUAGUUGAUCGGUGUUAUUUUUGUAAAACGUUCUUCUAUGUGUUCUUUGAAUAGACGCGAGUAAAAUAAUUCUAACAUCAAGUUUCGUCAUUCGCAAUUAUAAAAAUAAUAUAUACUAUAACGAUAUAGACUUUGCGGUUUAUCACUAAAUAAAUAAAAUUAAAAGGAUUAUCGUAUGUGUUCAAAAUACGAUUUCUAUCAUAGAGUGUAGAAUUGGUAGUGACAUAAAGACAUUAUAAAUUAGGAUAUGAAAUUAGUUCCGAAGUAUUAUAUAUGAAGGUGAGUCGUAAUGGGAGUUACACCAAAACCAACUGUAUGAAAAGAUCAAAAAAUAUUUUGCAAUUAUACUCUAUGGGGAAAGAUAUUCAAAUUCAUAAAUACUAUCACUGGGUUUCAUUUGUAUACACCCAUUAUGACUGACCCUGUAUAGUUUUAGUGUGAUUGAUGUAGGUAUGCGAAGUACACGUUUCAAAUGGAAUUAGUCAUUGUAUGUGAAUUCAAUUUUAGUCUAGAUUAAAUUUUACAUUUGUUGUAAAAGGCUGUGCUUAUUAGCCUAAUGUUUUAGUGAUUUAAUCUAGUAUUUCUCUCAUAGUACACGUUGUUGACCUGUGCCAUUUUUACAAUUUGGUAUUUCUGAUACGGUUACUCGAAAAAUCUCAAUUAUUAUAAGUUGUCCCACCUAAUUGUUAAAUUUCUCCUCAGAAAUUAUGUUGUUCUCAAUUUACCUGCUGUUAAUAAGCUGGCAAAGAUUUCUAGAUCAUACAGCCUGUUUUUGAUGGUAUUAUAUAUUGUUAAAAAGUUGAAUGCUUUCAAGCCUUUUCUGUAAGUACUAUAUUUUUAGGAUAAAAUAAUGUGUGUUUAUUUCAAUAAUGUCACAAAUAUGCAACAUAUAAACAUGGGAUCAUUGUUAUUUAUUGUAAUCAUGCAAUGCAAAAAUAAGUGGAAUAUAUAUUCAGAUCAUUAUAUGUAUGAAUUGAAAUAUUAAAGGAUGUGAUGUUAAAAGAUAAUUACAGGCCAUUGUAUAGGAAAUAAGAAUAAAUAUCAAAGUAGAAUCGACAUUAUCUUGAAAUCAAUAAUAAUUACAAUCAAUUUAAAUUCAAACAACAGAUACCGCAAGUAGUGAAAGCGUUCGUCUCACUCACUCAUAUGUAUCGCGUCAUAACGAAAAAUAAUUUGUUAAAUGCAAAUCAAUUUGUGGUACCCCUCGAUAGGGAAUAUUGGUACAUUUUAGUAACAAUGCCACAUUUACAAAAGAAACUAUGUGACUGUCACUUCUACCCAAUCUGUAUUAUCGUAGAAGGAAGAUACUGUUUUAUUCAUUGUGUAAUAAUUCCCCCACGUAUUGCCUUUAUUAAUUAAUGAUAAUUUACACAAAAUUAUAAUCGGCUUGAUAACUUCAAUUGUACUUUAUUCACUUAAUAAUACUAUAUUUUAUUAUUUGAUAUAUUGUUGCCAAUCACAUAUCGUUGCAAGUAUUUAAACAAUAUUAAAUCUUAGUAAGCUGGUUGUAAAUACCAUCGUUAUUUUUUAUUUCAAUAAAAUAUUAAUAAACUA